AUGGCGUCGGCCGGCUACAAGUCAGGACGACCUGACUUGCAAGUCCUUUCCAGCGAUGAUGCUGUUUACGAGCAGGCCAUUCUCCGUGACCUAGCCAGUGUCAAUCCAUGGAUAGCAUACAUUGAUUUCAAGUUCCGCCAUGGUAGUCUCUUGGAGCAGAACUUCGUCAUGGCUCGUGCAUGCCUUCAGCUGCCCCGGUCAUACAAGCUCUGGAAGCUCUUCCUUACCUUUAGGGUAAAUCAUGUCACCGAAUUGAAUCCAACCGCCUUGGCCGUCGAGUACAACAAGGUCAAUACUCUUUUCGAGAAAGCCCUGAUUCUCUUGAACAAGAUGCCUCGAAUCUGGGAGAUGUACCUGCAGUUUCUUUUGCAGCAGCCUGUGGUCACCCAUGCCCGCCGAACCUUCGAUCGGGCUCUGAGAGCACUCCCAAUCACGCAGCAUAAGCGUAUAUGGACCCUCUACCUGCAUUUUGCCAAUGCUGCUUCUGGAGAGACGGCAGUGAGGGUCUGGAGACGGUACAUGCACAUACAUCCUGAGAGCGCGGAGGAUUUUAUUGAGCUGCUCCUCAGAACGGGCGCAUACACUGAAGCCGCUAAGCGUUACGUCGAUCUCCUGAACAACGUUCGCUUUACCAGCAAGCACGGCAAGGGUCAUUUCGAGCUCUGGAGCGAGAUGGUAGACGUUAUCGUCGAACAUGCGGCGGAAAUAGACACGAAGAACGAGACUGGAUUGAACGUGGAGCGCAUCAUCAGGAGCGGUCUCGUGCGCUUUGCCGAUCAAAGCGGAAAGUUUUGGGCCAGCUUAGCGACAUACUGGAUUCGAAAAGGCAGUUUCGAACGGGCCCGAGACGUUUUCGAGGAGGCCAUCAUGACUGUCAUGACGGUCAGGGACUUCACACUCAUCUUUGAUGCUUACGUGGAAUUCGAAGAAUCCGUCAUCAGUGCUUUGAUGGAUGCUGCAUCGAAGCGCGCUGAGAAAGGCGUCGUGCAUGACGAUGCAGAUUUCGAGCUCGACUUCAGGAUGAUGCGAUUUGAGCAUUUGAUGGAUCGUCGUCCGUUCCUCCUCAAUGACGUCCUCCUACGUCAGAACCCGAAUAAUGUGUCCGAAUGGGAGAAGAGGGUCGCCCUCUGGGGUGACAACAAGCCGGAGAUUGUGCAGACCUAUUCCGAUGCCAUUUCCGCCAUCCACCCGAAGCGAGCUACAGGCUCGUUUCACAAGAUUUGGGCCAGAUACGCGCGGUUCUACGAACGAGGCGGGGACUUGCGGAGCGCCCGCAUCAUCAUGGAGAAAGCCGUCAAAGUCCCCUUCAAAUCCGUCGCUGAACUGGCGGACAUGUGGAUUGAGUGGGCUGAGAUGGAGCUCCGCAAUGAGAACUUCGACGACGCGGUCCGGAUAAUGGCAAAAGCUGUCCAAGCUCCGAAACGAUCCAAUAUCGACUACUUUGACGAGACUCUGUCUCCGCAACAGCGUGUGCACAAAAGCUGGAAGCUCUGGAGUUUCUAUGUGGAUCUUGUGGAGAGUGUUUCGACACUGGAAGAGGUCAAGAGGGUCUACGAACGGAUAUUUGAGCUUCGCAUUGCGACGCCGCAGACGGUGGUGAACUACGCCAAUCUCUUGGAAGAGCACCAUUACUACGAAGAGUCGUUCAAGGUCUAUGAACGCGGCCUAGACCUCUUCAGUUACCCUGUGGCAUUCGAGCUGUGGAACUUGUAUCUAACAAAGGCGGUCGACCGGAAAAUCGGCAUCGAAAGAUUGCGAGACCUUUUUGAGCAGGCUGUGGAGGACUGCCCUCCCAAAUUCGCCAAAACCAUCUACCUGAUGUACGGCAACUUGGAGGAGGAACGCGGGCUUGCACGGCACGCCAUGCGCAUCUACGAGAGGGCCACACGAGCCGUCGCGGACGAAGAUCGCGCGGAUAUGUUCAACUUCUACAUCACAAAAUCCGCCUCCAACUUUGGUCUGCCAUCUACCCGACCGAUUUACGAGAGGGCAAUCACGGCUCUGCCAGACGUGGAAGCAAAGGAGAUGUGCCUCAAGUUCGCGGACAUGGAGAAACGGCUAGGCGAGAUCGAUCGUGCACGAGCAAUCUACGGACAUGCCUCCCAGUUCUGCGAUCCACGGACUAAUGUGGACUUUUGGACGCGAUGGGAGCAGUUUGAAGUUCAGCACGGCAAUGAAGACACUUUCAAGGAGAUGCUGAGAAUCAAGCGAAGUGUCCAGGCACAAUACAACACGGACGUCAACUUCAUCGCAUCCCAGGCCCUGGCCCGCAGCCAGCAGCGAGUGGACGAUGGCACCGGCAACGAAGCUGCUGACAUCAAGGCAUCGUUCGAGAGGCAUGCAAGGGCACCGGAAGGGUUUGUGGCUGCGAGUGCAAGCUCCAAGGGGGAGGUGACGAUCGAGGCAACGCAUCCGGCAAACCCAGAUGCGAUUGAUAUUGACGGCGUUGAUGAUGAAUAA